AAAUGCUGUGCUGGUAAUUCUCUGCUCUAACACAGUUGCAUUCAUUUGUCUUCAGAGCAGUAAUUUUGUGUUUAUAGCUUCCGUCGUUUACUAGGAAAUCAAAACGUGAGUUAUGGCAGCUCUGAAAUACGCAGGUAUGGACGAUACAGACAGUGAGGAUGAGUUACCUCCCGGAUGGGAAGAGAGGUCUACGAAAGAUGGCUGGGUCUACUAUGCAAGCCAUGAUGAGAUGAAGACACAGUGGGAACACCCGAAGACUGGAAAGAAAAAACGUUGUGCUGGAGAUUUACCAUACGGUUGGGAGCAAGAAACUGAUGAAAAAGGACAGAUGAUUUAUGUUGAUCACAUCAACAAGCGGACCACCUAUUUUGACCCGCGGCAGGCAUUUACAGUAGAGGAUGUAGUGCUGAAGCCAAAACGCUAUGACGGAAACACUUCUGCUCUUGAGAUCCUGCAGGGUCGAGAUUUCUCCGACAAGGUUGUCCUCAUUACUGGAGGCAACUCUGGCCUUGGCUUUGAGACAGCCAGGUCUUUUGCUCUUCAUGGCGCCCAUGUGAUCCUGGCGUGUCGAAACCUAUCCCGGGCCAGCAAGGCAGUUAGCCUCAUUCAGCAGGAGUGGCACAAAGCAAGGGUAGAAGCCAUGAUGUGCGACCUGGCCUCUCUCCGCAGUGUCAGGGAGUUUACUGAGUCAUACAAGGCCAAGAAACUGCCGAUUCACAUCCUGGUGUGCAAUGCAGCGGUGUGCACUCAGCCCUGGUCCUUGACGGAGGACGGCCUGGAGUCCACCUUCCAGAUCUGCCAUCUAGGUCACUUCCUGCUUGUCCAGUGCCUCCAGGACGUGCUGCAACGUUCAGCCCCCGCCCGUGUUGUGGUGGUAUCUUCUGAGUCCCACAGGUUCACGGACCUGUUAGACUCAUGUGCCAAAGUGGACUUUGCCCUGCUGUCCCCCCAAAAGAAGGAGUACUGGUCGAUGCUGGCUUACAAUCGAGCCAAACUCUGCAACAUCCUCUUCAGCAACGAGCUCCAUCGCCGCCUCUCCCCUCACGGUGUCACUUCCAACGCAGUGCAUCCUGGGAACAUGAUGUACACCUCCAUUCACCGUAGCUGGUGGCUGAUGACCUUCCUCUUCUCUCUGGCCAGACCGUUCACCAAGUCAAUGCAACAAGGGGCGGCCACCACGGUGUACUGUGCCGUAGCUCCGGAGCUGGAGGGGUUAGGCGGCAUGUACUUCAACAGCUGCUUCCGCUGCCUGCCGUCCAUCCAGGCCCAGGACCAGAGCUGCGCCGCCAGCCUGUGGGAGCUGAGCCAGCGCCUGGUGGAAGAGAGGUCAGCAGGCAUACAGGCCCUCUGAUGGACAGAAGAGGAGGGAGGAGGUGGACUAGCCAAACAGGAAUCAUAGAUGGUGGCUCACGGUGAUGUCCAGUUUUGUAUGAACUGAAUAAAAGGUAACUGUACUCUGACUGCAUAAUACAAGGGAGCUGCCAAGUCCAUCUGGAUAUGUCACGUCACUACGGGGGCUAAAACACACUACACAUACAGUACAGGAGGGGGUUUCAUAUACACUCUACUGAAUAAAUUAAAGUUUGAGUUGUGUUCAGUUCUGCUGUGGUUGUUUACAAUGGGAGGUGGGUGACGGGAGAAGAUUUGGGACGAAUUCAGGGAUCUCUUAAAGAUUUUAUUUCUCUGUUUGUCUCUGUAGCUUUUCAUAACUCUCUCAAGUCGUGUCUAUUUAAAAGAGCAAAGUUCAAAGAAGCAAAUGACUUGUCUUGCUAACAAUACAGGGUUACCUAAUAAGCAUAUACUCUAUGAUAUAUGCAUCUGUUUCCAGCAAUAGUGCACUGCAUGGAAAAUAUUGUGUGAUCCAAAUUAAAUUCAGUAUCCCUUGUCUAGUUCUACGUAGAUGUUUCCUAUUGAGAUACAGAGAGCGUUGGUUCAUCUUUGUGCUAAAUCUUUUUGGGCAUAGAAGAAAUAAGGAGUAAUGGGCAUGUGACACUCAUGGAUAUAUAAACACACUAGGUAUGAUUCUCAUGGCUAUAUACAUUAUUCUGCAAUAAUUGUAUUUCUUAUCAAUGUCCCUAUUUGUUUUCUGUACAGUAUUUACAAUAUCCUGAUUUCUGGGCAUGUGCUAAAGGGGUGUGGACAUCAUAAUUUUCUCUUUGCUAUUUGACUCAACCUACGUAUUAAUAAUCUAUACUCUGGUAAGUCUAAAUCACAAUUUAGAGGUAUUAGUGGGAAGAUCCGUGUCCAUUUGAAUAGCAAAUACAUGUGGUGGAGAAUCUUUUUUCCAGAGUCCAGGAUCUUUAAUUUCUUUGUUUCUUCCCUUGUUGUUGGAGUAGAAGAAUGUGAGUGAUAUCAGUCUCCUGUUGUUAUUUUAUCAUCAUUGUUUUAAUAUUGAUCUCUGGCUUCGGGUCGGCUGGGGUUUGGUUGCCCUGAAGCCGCUGUGUGGACGCUUUUGAGACAUUGUGCUUUAUGGCAGUCUGGGUGCCGUAGGUUGCUCUUGAAACAUCAGCAUUCCAGUGUCAUGAUAUCUGUAAGAAAAACAAAUGAGAAAGAACAUUUAAUAAAAAUCUUUUUUACAAUAACGUGUGUGUGAAAUCAUUUUAAACACAAAGUGGAAGUCCAUUCAUUUGGAGGCCAUUAGGGGGAGAUAUUUAUAUAUUAGUGUAGUGACCUAACACUGAAGUCUGACUAA